AUGAACGACUUUCUGGACUGGUGUCCACCUGGUUACGUUGAGGUUCUCGGCAGCCUCGGCGUUCAAGCGGGAUAUUUCGCUUGUGGGAUGAUCAUGGAAAAGAUGCGGCCUGCCUACGUCACCGCAACAUCUCGUGAAGUCCUGAACAAGAGUAUUCUGAACCACGUCAUUCUGAAUUCCCUCCACUUCGCCAUAGCAACUUGUAUGGGUGGACACUCGAUUUUGUCACAAGGAUAUCCCACAAAGUACCAGCUGCCGUCGUGGACCGAGCUCAUUUCUCAGCUGGUGAUCGGCCUUGUGUUACGAGAUGCUGUAUUUUGGAUCAUCCACCGACUGUUACACAUCCCUGGACUAUAUCGAGUGCACGCGAAGCAUCAUGAGAUCAAGAACCCAGGCGAACACCACGUUUUCACCAUCAGCUACAUGUCCGUUGCAGACUUUUUCUUCUUGUACGCAGUUCCGAUAGUAUCCGUGGCGAAGUUCUUGGAUAUGAAGCUCGUCGCAACUUUGGUUUUCUCCUUCAUCUCUGCAACAGGAGAGCAAGUUAAACUUGUUUGGGGAGACGAGGCCCAUGACGAGCAUCACGUGAAUGGCGCGGUCAAUUUCGGAGCAUACGGUCCCAUGGACUGGUCUGAAGAAUACCGCGCGAGACACGUGGACGAAUGA